CACACAAUAAAAAUGAACUAUUUGCAAUAAAUCAGAGGAAUUUCUGACAACAUUUCUCAUAUCGUCGUACCUCGAUUACACUGUCAAAAUCAGUCCUUUGGAUUCACCGAUUUACACGUAUUCUCUAUUUUCGAGUCAAACGAUAGGGUCGCUCAAGAGAGUAAUCUCCAAUGGACGUAGAUAGAGAGAAUAUCCAAAUCGAAUUCUGCGCCCGAACAAGCCUCUGCUCCGCUUAUAACCGUAGAUUCUACACAUAAAGCACAGCGAGAGAUGAUAUAUAAAUCGUGGGUGUACAUGAUGAGCAACGCUCAAAGGGGGUAGAAAGGAAGCUUCGGUUGCAGCAGCACUCGUAGGCCCUCUGCUCUUCAACAUCCAUAUAAUAUAUGUAUAUAUAUGUGCGCAUUGAACGAACGUAAUAAUGGGGAUUUAGCAGUCAUUAGGGAUGGUGGCGUAUAUCCAUCUAUUGGUAACACAAAGUGUUUGCUCUGUCCAUACUCUCUACCUCAUGAUUAUGGGGUGAAAGAUAGAGGGAGAGAGAGAAUCCCACGGAGAAUUUGAGACUAGGUCCAAAUCGAUUCGCCCCCAUGAGACGGGGUUGAAAAGAGGACGCGGAAGCGCGAGUGAAGCCCUCGAAGGCUUUCUAUUCCGCGGCGCUCUUGGUCCACGAGUCUAGGGUCAUAGACUCCUCUAGAAGAGCCCUUAAGAGGCCAAUCGAGUGGUUACCACAAUACACGUGACCUCGCAGUAUUUUUCUUCUCUUUCUCUCUGUAUUUGCCUCCACCCUCGUAGAGUCUUGAAGAAUUUGUCAGCCUGUUGUCGAUUUUAGAUGGAGAAGACGAGACGUUGGAAAGGGAGAAUCCGCUCGCGAUUCCCAAUCGAUUUAACGGGAAUUUCGGCAUCCAGAAAAUUGUAGCUACGACCGAAAGGGUGGCGAUUCGUUGAAAAUAAUUUAAAAACUUUGAUCCAUUUUCACCAAUCUUCACUGAUUUUUCAGGGGCUUCCCGAAGCCUCUGCAACACUCGGGAACGACUUUUCCAGCUCCCAUGAAUUUUUUCGACUAUUAGGCCGCCCCACGCAGAAGAUUUCGCCACUGUUUCCACCGCCACCUACGUCAAGUACGAGCCAGUGCUCUUCCAGUGCGAAUCCUCAUAGGGAAGAGAAGUGAGGGAUUGGGGGUUGGCGAGAUUGCACAAAGAUAAAGGAAAAGCCGCAAAGAGGUCGUCGAGAGACGAGAGGAACGAGACAGGCUGUGGAGAGGGCGAUAUUUCAGGUUUACCGUGUACACGAUUUCGCUUGGAUUGGUUCACAAGAUCCAGGGGGAGGGGGGAGCUUCAAUGAGGGCGACUCUGGACCACCCCAAAAGAUUUCCAAGCGAUCGCGCUUUCGUUAUUCAUUCACAUCUAUAUACAUAUUUACAUUCCUUUUUCUCUCUCUCUUUCCCUCCCUUUUCACCCUUUUCUGUACCGCGUACCCCACGUAGGUUCGCAUAUGUGUCGCCUACGUACCUAGCAAAGAGCGCGAGUCAUUUUUUAAUAUACCGCGAAAAGCAAGCCUCGAGCAUAUAGCGGCGCCGCGAAGAUUCCUUUUUCCCCUCUCCGAGGGGAAUGAAACAAUAGUUUAUUAAAAAACGAGCAAUUCAUGCGGAAUUUUUCAAGAGCGUUGAAAAAGUCUCAAAGAGUAGGCAGAUAAGUCUUCGUGCGAUGUGUGCCUCUAAUUUAUCUUUUAUCCUUCUUUUUGUACGGACGCGAAUAAAAGUGUAUGAAUGGUACGAAUUCUAUCGGACAGUUUCAGUGACGCAUGUGAUUCCUCGAGUGUCUUUCGAAGUCUUGCUAAUUCCAGAGUGCCAGAUGCCAUUAAUCGUUACGUGCGUAUAUGAGUCAGCGUUACAAAGUCCAAAACGAGGGAUACGCGAUCGGAAUGCAAUCGGAACGAGGUUGAACUCCAUGAAGAAAUAAACUGAUAAUUAUAUUGAGCCUUCAAAUUCAUGAGAUCGAGACUUUCCCUGCUAUUUUUCACAGUUUGGAGAUCGUACGACGAAUUUUUUUUUUUCGUUAAAACCAAAAAAAACUUAAAGACCUGAAAAGUGUGAUCGAAAGUGCUGGCACGAACAUUUUGAUGAUUUGACCAACGGAAAAAUGAAUGAACUUUUUUAAGCGAAAUUCUGUCAAGACUUGUCAGUUCGCGCCAAGCAAACUCUGACGAUCGCUCGUUAUUCUCCGCUCGAAAGAACAUGUCCUCCUCGCUGACGACUUUUUCACCACGAAUCCCCGAUUGGUGGACGUUAAUUAAACGCUUGGUCGGUCGUGAAAAAAUGAGGCAACGAAAAGAGACGAACGGCAAAGAACAACAAGCGGGUUGGCUAAUCCGAAACAUGUGUGCACCACUUCUAAGAACAAUGGACGACGGCGAACUAUCGCGCAGAAGGAAGGAGAGAAAUUUCUCGUCAAUUUAUCUAUAGAUCGCUGCAUCGAAUGUCGCAGAUGUGUCGUGUGAAAAAGGAAGACGUGCGGAUAAAAAACAUCGAAAGAAGACACGGCCGGCAUACGAGUUUCAGGGCCUUAAUAAUAAAUUAAUAAUACGGAAUAAAUUUAUACAAAGAAUGAGGAGCGAGUAGGGAAUAAAAAAAAAUUAAAAAGCAUGCAUGUAUGGACAUAAUGCAAAGAUGGAGAAGCCAAAGAGUGGAAAAAGUAGAAGGCCACUGAUGUUUCUCCUCUUUCCUCUUCCUCUUCCUUCUCCUCUCGUCUCUCUUUCUAUCUCUGGCCACGAGAGAAGUGUCCAUGGGGACCAAGAGCGCGUGGUAACCCGAGAGGAUAAUACACCCAGCUUAAGAGUCUCGAGAGAAGCGUUCUCCGGUCUCGCCACAACGGGGCUAAAGCAACGGCAGUCCGUGGUUGAAACGCUAAUGCUUUCUCUCUCUCUCUCUCUCUCUCUUUCUGUCUUUCUGCCUGUGCAUAUGAUACACACAUGCGAUUACAAGCCGAAAUGUGAGUGGGAGAGAAAACAAGAAGACGGGACACGCAAUGAUUAAAGAAGUCUGGAGACUCGAGGAAUCGAAUUGCACCUUCGGAUAAUCCGAACACCCGCGUGGUGCACCGAAUCAUUCGAGAGCUCCGAGGGACGCGCCGCAGCUGUGUGUCUCGGAGACUUAUUUUUCUAAUGUUACAAAUAUGACGAUGCGUGUAUCACCAGAAGUUUGUCUUUGUCUCUCCACGACACUGAAACACAAUCGUGACGAUUUAAAUAACGAGCAAAACUCAUGAAAGACACUCGUUCGGGACGUCGUUAUCGACGUCGGCGUCUCGGCUUGGGUGAAGAGGCCAAGGCCGGAAUCGUCCCGGGGUGGAGUCCGUGGUGAUGUGGCCAAACAGCCUCGGUGGUACUUCCGGUUGCAGCGGGGGCGCUGGUCCAACAGAUCUCGGCGGGUUAACCGCGUCAGCGACAUCCGCCACCGAAUUAUUCGGGCCGGCCGGCUUCGGGGCAUCCGCGGCUGGACCAUACGGUGCAUUAAAAUCAAAUCCCUACGUGAGUGCUCUGAGUAUGCCACCGAUCGAGGCUCUACACUCGACCAUCGGUUAUCCCGGUUGCAAUCCUGCCGGUGAGUCCUACUACUGCAAUCCGAGAAAACAGAGGCGAGAACGUACCACCUUUACGAGGGCCCAGUUAGACGUUCUGGAGGGUCUCUUCUCGAAAACGAGAUAUCCGGAUAUAUUCAUGCGAGAAGAAGUCGCGGUGAAGAUCAAUCUACCAGAAUCGCGAGUGCAGGUAUGGUUCAAAAAUAGGAGAGCAAAAUGUCGCCAACAACAAAAACAACAACAGCAUCAACAGGACAAAACACCGAGAUCGAAAAAGCCAUCGGGUAAUCCGGUGAGCAAUCCACCGCCGGGAAAGAGUCCGUCGAUAGCCACAACUCCAACCCCGACUGCGGCAGUUCCGGCAACAACGCCUCUUGGUGGAACCAGCGGUUCAGCAGCAAGUUCGCCAACAUUACUGAGGGACUCCCCGCAGUACAAACCCGCCGGAGGCGCCACGAGUUUGCUCCUCGCAGCUAGCACGACUCCGCCGAGCUUGGGCGGUACUGUUUAUAGUAGUGGGGGAAGCAGCAGCAGCAUCUGGAGCCCCGCGGUAACGGAGAACGGCGGAGGAUUCCCAGGUGACCAUCAGAGGUUAGCGUGGACGACGAGCGCUUCCCAACAACAAUGCUAUCAGAAUUAUUCGUCGUAUUAUACGAACAUGGACUACCUGUCGCCUGCGCCUCAUCAACUAAACGUCGUGGACGGCAGUGGAAGCGGGUUGGACAACACGUGGAGUAAAACGAGGGACGAGAGUGCUUCGUCGUGGUUUUACAACAGUGCCGGAUGGGGCGAGCGGAAGUGAGCAAAAUCGUAGGCUGGGCGUCUCAUUUGAUUUUCCUCUUCAUCAUUGCGCGGCAAAUGUUGAUUAAGUGCAUAUAUAAAUAAAUAAAUAUGGCGAAAGAAAGAGUAAGAGAAGGAGCGGUGUAACAUAUCAUCGAUGGUGAGCAGCGAUGGAAGGUGAGGUAUUGACAUAUCAUCGAUGGAGAAGAUCGAAGAGUAAGGCGUGCCCAAGAGCGCUCCACUUGGUGAGCGAUCGCUUGGCGUUCACCAAAACAGCGGGACCGUAGCGCACCGGACGAUACAUAUCAUCGUGAAACAAUAUAUCGGCGCGCGACGUUUCACCUUCUUAGCGCGUCACAGACGUCUUCGAGUGGGGCGAGAGAGAAAAAAACGGUGCCAAAGUUACGCGUUUAUGUAUAAAAUAAUAAAUAAAUAAAGCAACAAUAAAGUAAUAAGGAAAGAAAAAAUGAAUAUUCGUAUGAUAAAUAGAAGAAUUAUGGUAAUACUGAUAAUAAUUAGAGGCCAAAGAAUCACAGUGGAGGAAAUUCGUUGAGAAGACAUAUCCGUGCGGAGCGUGAGGUGAGAGAAAUUCUUUUCGUAAUAUUCAAGAAAAAUGUGACUCGAAACCAAGUGAAUAAUUUUUAUAAGCAAAAUAAUGGAUGAAGUCGUUAAAUUCUCAAGAUUUUUUUGAAUUUCAUAGAUAAUUACAGCCUCUCUCGCGCUUCCGACGAACUAUCAAAUUCUCAAAAAGCUUGAAUUAUAUAGUUGUAAAUAAUAUAAAUAAGACAUUUUUCGUGAAAGUAAAUAAAUCUUAAAAUUGGCAA